AUGUUAACCCUAAAUGGAAUUUUGGAAUGGGAUCGACUAUCAUAUGAACAGGGUUUCUGUAUUAGGGAUGUUUUGACUUUUUCAGCAGAAAUUGUGGGUAUUAAUGUAGUAUUAAGUGGUAUUAACGCUCUGUUGACAUGGAGAUUAAUGUGGGGUUUUGUUUUUGUGAUGAGUGGAGAAUGGGUUAUGAGCACCUGCAUAAGAUACGGGAGAGGUAAUGCAAAUAAAUUACAUAUGACGGAUAUGUGUGUUUUUAAAUGUCCUGAAGGUGGGUGA